AGGAAUGGGAACGAUCUGCAACAUGGGAGCCGAGAUCGGAGCGACGACAUCUGUCUUCCCAUUUAACUCGCGCAUGGCUGACUAUCUGAAGGCAACAGGUCGUGAAGAUAUCAGUGGCUUGGCUCAGAAGAAUAUCCAUAUUCUGGAGGCUGAUGCAGGAUGUGAAUAUGAUGAAUUGAUUGAGAUUAAUUUAGACGAGGUAUUGGUUUAGCUUGGCAGGCAGACAGAUGGUUACUCUUUUUUUCAAGCAACAUUUUCAGCUUGCUGGACACACUCGGAGAGCAUCAUCUUAAAUAUUACUUUUUUGUUAAGAUAAGUAUGAUGUUGUUUUCAGCUUGAACCUCAUGUGAACGGACCUUUUACGCCAGAUUUGGGCACGCCUAUUUCCAAAUUGGGUGAAGUUGCCGAAAAGAAUGGCUGGCCAUUGGAAAUCAAAGUAGGUAAGUAUUUCCAUCAAAAGUCUGGAUUUGUUUAGCUGUUUCGCUUUAGGCAUAAACCACUCGACAUUGGUGAGUUUCAGUAAGCGUUGCAAGGCGGUAGAUGAUGCUUUGUGAAACCUAUCUUUCAUCGUUUUCUUCAGCCUUGAUUGGCAGUUGUACAAACAGCAGCUACGAAGACAUGACAAGAUCAGCAAGUAUUGCAAAACAGGCUUUGGAUCACGGCGUUCAGUCCAAGUACGUUAUAUUGUGAGCUAGUUUAACGAUAGUUGUAAUGGCGUAAUGAAUCCAAGUACGUUAUAUUGUGAGCUAGUUUAACGAUAGUUGUAAUGGCGUAAUCAAUCCAAGUAAGUUUUUGUGAGCUAGUGUAACGAUAGUUGUAAUGGCGUAAUCAAUCCAAGUAAGUUAUAUUGUGAGCUAGUGUAACUAUGGUAGUAAUGGCGUAAUAUCAGAUUUUAUAAAAGUGUCUUGUUUUUUUAUGUAGAUCGUUAUUCACUGUGACUCCAGGAUCAGAACAAAUCAGAGCGACCAUUGAACGGGAUGCAGUGGUAAGGAUAUUUAAAACUUUGUUACAUGAGGUAUGCUGUUUUUUUCUAGUUGUGAUGAAUGUGAUUUGUGAUUAAUAGGCAGAAACGUUGCGAGAGUUUGGAGGAACAGUGUUAGCCAACGCGUGUGGUCCUUGCAUUGGGCAGUGGAACAGGUACUGGUCAUAUUUGCAUGUUUUAGGCGAGUGUAAAGAUAGUGUAAGCAUGCACUGACAACGGUCUUGUUUUCUUGUUUUCCAGACAAGAUAUCAAGAAGGGCGACAAGAACACCAUUGUUACUUCGUACAAUCGAAACUUCACGGGACGAAAUGACGCCAACCCAGAGACGCAUGCAUUUGUCGCUUCCCCAGAGGUAGGGAACGCAUGAGGUCGCUCAGGGAUGCGCCGGGACGAUCUACAUGCAGCACUUUCGUACUCUUAAAUUAUUUCUAACCCUUACAGUCCCAGUCACUACACCAAUCCCAGCCCGAAUCCGCAUCGUAAUUCUAAUCCUUAUUUCUAAUUCUAAUUUAAUAUAUUUAGAUUGUGACUGCUCUUGCACUUGGUGGCAGUCUGAAGUUCAAUCCAAUGGCGGACUUUGUGGAAGGAGCCAACGGUAUGUCUAAAAUAUCUCUUUACCAUCAAGUGCAAUAGUUACUCGCAAGACCGCAGCUCCUAUUCCUGCCCGAGGGUAUUUUUCGCAACUGUUCCCUGUUACUUCAUAAAUAUGAGUAUUCCCAUAAAACCCUUCAAUGUCUUGAAGUCUUGUGCUGUUUUUAUUUUAGGUGAAAAAUUCAAACUUGAAGAUCCCAAGGGUGACGAACUUCCAUCUCGUGUAUGUAGUGAUAGAAAACGUAUUUAAAAAUCAUAUUGAGUUUUAGAUAUCAAUGUUUUUGUUUACUUCUCUAAAGGGGUUCGACCCAGGUGAAGACACUUACCAGGAUCCCCCAUCCGAUGGCUCUGGCGUCAAAGUUGAUGUUGACCCAAGCAGGUACUCAAUGCAUAGUUUGCACAUGUCAUAAAUCGUAACACGGUUAAAUUAUUUUCAUUGUUAUUAUUUACAGAUUCUUAGACUAGCUGACUUAUUUCUCACUUUCUUUUUUCUCAGCAAUCGUCUGCAACUGUUAGAACCUUUCGAUUCCUGGGAUGGCAACGAUCUCGUGGAAUUGCCCAUUUUAAUCAAGGUGCAUGCAAUAACGGUCUUUUCCAUCACUCAUUGCUGCUAAUAAAAUACUGAUUGAAACUUCAUUAUUUUACCCGUAUUUAAACAUAUCUGUUGACAAACCAUGUGUGUGCUUCUUUCUAGAUCACUGGCAAGUGUACGACUGAUCACAUAAGGUGGGAUGCCAUUUUUUAUGCAGCCUUUCCAACCAGGAUACUCAUUCAGUUUUGUUGUUUAGACGAAUAUUAGCAAUGAUAAUUUGUUUGCAUUUCGUGUAGUGCUGCUGGUCCAUGGUUGAAAUACCGUGGUCACUUGGAUAACAUCUCCAAUAAUAUGUUCAUCGCGUAAGUUUUUUGACAGUGGCUAGUACAUGUGACUUUAACCCUGUGACUGAGUUGGGCUUAGACCCUAACUCACCCUUCCACCGUAGUUGUGCGCCGUGAUCAGACAUGAGGUGACUGCCGGAGACACCCUUAGAUCAGGUUGAGCUGCGUCUUUCGUAAUACAGCUUAGCUCUCAGCUGCAAGUUAGGAUGACGUACUUACUUAUCUAUAAUUCCACUAAUCAUAAACUUUGUUUCCAUCUUUCCAGGGCUGUCAAUGAAGAGAAUGGGGAAGCAAACAAUGUUCGGAGUCAACUCAACGGAGAAUACGGUCCUGUACCUGACACAGCUAGGCAUUACAAGGUUUCGUAUGGCUUGAAAUACUACUAGAAGAUAUGAAUUUCGUGUUCUGAUCUCACGAUUUCGUGCUCUGAUUUUACCAUUUCGUGUUGUGACCUUACCGUUCGUGUUCUGAUUGUAAAGUUUCGUGUUCUUAUCUUACUAUUUCGUGUUCUGGUCUUACCAUUUCGUGUUCUGAUCCGACGAUUUGGUGUUCUGAUCUUACGAUUUCGUGUUCUGAUCUUUUGAUUUCGUGUUCUGAUCUUUUGAUUUCGUGUUCUGAUUUGACCAUUUCGUGUUCUGGUCUGACUAUUUCGUGUUCAAUUCUAGGCAAACGGUGUGAACUGGGUUGUGGUUGGUGAUGAGAACUAUGGUGAAGGCAGCAGUCGAGAACAUGCCGCCCUAGAGCCCAGACAUCUUGGUGGCCGAGCAGUCAUUGUCAGGAGCUUUGCUCGAAUUCAUGGUAAGUCGUGGUGGCACAGGGUUUGCUUCCUGCAGUAUACAGUUGUCUGAUUAUAAUUUCCUCCCAGUCACAUGUGAGAAGAAUGCUUCCACACUUUGACUCUGCCAAAUACCGUGUGUAUUCUUGGGGUACUCUGGUUUCCUCCUUUGGAGGUACUGCACUAAUAAGGUCUUACUGGACCACUACGGUGAUGUCGGAUAGAGUUAUUCGGGAUAGAUGUAUCCCUUUGAUGGUAAAAUCAGUUUCCUUCUGUCGUAACACUGUAUCGUUAGGAGACUGGUCAGAACGGAUUAGAAAUGUUUUAAACGCUAUCCAGUAUAAAUACUCUCUUAUGCUAGUGGUUUAGUUUAGUUUCUAUUAAAUCAAUAUUUCUUUUUCAAUAUAUUACAGAAACCAACCUUAAAAAGCAGGGUAAGUGCACAUCAACGUUUUAUUGACACGCAUUAUUUGAUCAUGGGAUGAAGCAAAUAUUUUUGCUACAUUUUAGGCAUGUUACCUUUGACAUUCAACGACCCAGGUGACUAUGAUAAAAUCAGACCGACAGACCGUAUUUCUCUUCUCGGUCUGAAAGAUUUCGCCCCAGGAAAGGUAAGUUUAUUCGUGAGUUCAUUAGUCGAUCAUUUUAAAAUUGGCGCAAAAAUGCAGCUAUAUUAAGUACUAUUCUCGCUUAUUUUAGCCAAUAACGUGCGAAGUAACCCACCUGGAUGGCAGUCAAGAACAAUUCCCACUGAACCACACGUUUAACGAGACGCAAAUUGAAUGGUUUAAGGCUGGCAGCGCACUUAAUAACAUGGCAAAAAUGAAAUGAAUUCUCUAUGCGAAGACUAACACUAUAAAUGAUUUAUAUAUUUGUAUUUAAAACGAGUGGUAACAAACUGUAAUGGAUUUUCUAUUUGGAAACUACAGUACUUAAUAAAAUUAUUUUAUCCCAUAUAUCGCAAAAGAAUUGGUCUCUUA